UCCUCGAGGUCUUCUCCUGGGGUGAUGACGUAACGGCUGCGAGCUCCGUCGUCUUCUCUGAUUGGUUGAACGCGCCUAGCGAAUGACUUUUAGCCCUGUUUACUGUUAGCUAGCGACAGGCACUUCAUUUGCGUUUGACAGCCGGUAGAGGAGACGCCGCAGAAAUAUUUAGAGAACAAAUAUCUUUGUUUUCUUUUCAUGUAUCCGAAUGGCUGAAACCUCAGAGACAGGCAAAGAUAAUCCUGAUUAUGCAUCCACGAGGCCCAGCCAGUCAGCGUCCCGAAGGGGUCAUCCACGGUCAGGCCACAAUCGAAAGCGUGGAGGUCAAGGUAGAGCGCAUGCAAGUUCAGGACAUUUAAAUCAAGCCACAUAUCCAGAAGAGCAGAAUGAUUUCUCUGACCAUGCAGCUGCAGACACACCACACAACAACUCAUCUACCAGAUGUGAAACAAGGGGAGGGAGGGGAAGAGGGAGAGGAGGGAGGGGAGGUCGGGGUAAUGGUGAGCGUUGGUUCCAUGGUCCAAGAUGGCCAAGAACUAAAGGUGAUAAUGGCUCCACAGUCCAGGAUAAUGGCGCAUAUGUUGGCCAGCAACCAAUGACCUCACCUGCGUACAGAUCCACGGAGGUGGAGGAUCAGCAAAAAAACCCUGAAGAAUCCUACAUGGGCAAGUUCCAACAUGAACCCAGAGAAACCUGGCCACCAAUGCCCAGGAGAGGCAGAGAUGCAAGAAAGCCAUUACCCAGACAUAAAGAGGGCAAUCAGGACAAUCCUGCAGCAGAGGUCGAUUAUAUAGCCAGUGUAGUGCCCACUGAACUAGAACAUGGGCACAGGAACAACAGAGGAUUUAGAGCAGGAGGAGGAGGAGGAGAAAGACAAGGUUACCCAAGGAAGAAGGGGCCUGCCUCUCAUGCUAGCAGCCAAGGGAACUGGAGAGAGAGAGAUCCACCACAAGUGGAUAUGGACAAGGAGAAACCAAGAGAAGACAAGGCCAGAGGAAGCAAAGAGGAGCCUAACCGGAGAGGUGGAGCAAGUGGAAAAGACCAGUGGAGGAAACCCCAAUUUCAAGAGCAAGGACAAAAGAGAGGAGGGCAUACUGAGAGGAGGACUGGGCCAGUGAAACGUGUAGAGCCACCCAAGAACAAAGAGACCCAAACUGGGUGCCUCAUUGAGCAAUUGACUGAAGAGAAGUACGAGUGCAUGGUGUGCUGUGAUGUGAUUCGUGUCAUGGCUCCCGUUUGGAGCUGUCAGAGCUGCUUCCACGUCUUCCACCUGAACUGCAUCAAGAAAUGGGCUCGUUCCCCUGCCUCACAGGCAGACGAGACUGGCAAAGGCUGGCGUUGUCCUGCUUGCCAAAAUGUGGCGUUAAAAUUUCCAACGUCUUACAUCUGUUUCUGUGGGAAGGUGACCAAUCCGGAGUAUCAGCACAGAGAGAUUCCACACAGCUGUGGUGAAGUAUGUGGGAAGAAGAGGAGUAGUGGAGACUGCAAUCACCGCUGCAACAUUUUAUGCCACCCAGGCCCUUGUCCACAGUGUCCAGCAUUUACCACCAAAUCUUGUGUUUGUGGAAGAAUCAGUAAGCAAGUGCGCUGCAGUCAGACAGGAGCUUUGUGCUGUGACCAGGAAUGUGGCGCUCAGUUAAACUGCAAGAAGCACCACUGUACACAGAUUUGUCACCAGGGCCUUUGUCAGCCCUGCCAGCUCCAGGUCCAGCAGGUGUGUUACUGCGGGGCGAUGCAAAGGGAGGAGGCAUGUGGUACCGAUUCGGCUAGCUUCGACGGAUUUGGAUAUUUCUCCUGCAACAAGCCAUGUGGCAAGAUUCUGGAAUGCCAAGCCCACCACUGCCAGCAGGUGUGCCACCCAGGCAGGUGCCAGCCAUGUCCUCGCUUGCCCAUUCUGGUGUGUCGCUGCCCCUGUGGACAGACAGCCAUAGCUAAACUCCUGGAGCUGGGCUAUCCAGAGAGACGGUGUUGCACUGACCCUAUUCCAUCUUGUGGAAAGAUGUGCAGCAAGCCCCUGCCUUGCGGUGACGUAGACACUAUUCAUCUGUGUGAUAAACUUUGCCAUGAAGACAAAUGUGGUCCGUGUGCUCUCACCUCCACCAUUAAGUGCAAAUGUGGCAUUAAAACCAAGGAGGUACCAUGUGCUUUGAUCCAUAGUGAAGACGAGUUGCUGUUUACCUGUGAGAGACGUUGCAACAAGAAGCGCUCGUGUGGCAGACACAAGUGUGGAGAGAUAUGCUGUGUGGACACUGAGCAUAAAUGCACAAUUAUCUGUGGCUACAAGCUCAAUUGUGGCCUCCACCGGUGUCAGGAGGUGUGUCACAGAGGAAACUGCCAGCCCUGCUGGCAAACCAGUUUUGAUGAGCUGGCCUGCUACUGUGGUGAAACUGUGAUGUUCCCACCCAUCCCCUGUGGUACCAAACCUCCAGAGUGCAAAAACCCCUGCACACGCCAGCAUGACUGUGAUCACCCAGUUAUGCACUCCUGUCACAGCGAGGAGAAAUGCCCUCCCUGUACCUACCUCACCAAGAAGUGGUGCAUGGGCAACCACGAGCAAAGAAGUAAUAUCCCAUGUCACCUCCAGGAGAUCUCAUGUGGUCUGGUCUGUAAUAAAUUGUUGUCCUGUGGCUUUCACCACUGCAAAAGAAUAUGCCAUCGUGGAGAGUGCCAAACUGAAGGAGACUGUAAGCAGCCUUGCCCACACCCUAGAUCCGAGUGUGGGCACCCCUGUAACGCUCCAUGCCACCCUGGCACCCCCUGCCCCCACUCUACCUGCACUGCCAGGGUGGCAAUGCAGUGCGAAUGUGGACGCAGGAAGGAGACUAUACCCUGUACUGAGGCAGCCUGCUCCUCUCAGAGAUAUGCAGCUAUUGCCAUGGCGAGUAAGUUGUCAGAUAUGCAGUUAGGAGAGUCUGUGAACAUUGCCCAGCUUACCAAGAAGAACCAGAAACAGGCCAGACUAGAAUGUGAUCAGGAGUGCGCUACCCUGGAAAGAAAUCGACGACUUGCGGAGGCACUCCAGGUCGAUCCAACAGUCGAUCCAUUCAAUAAAUCCUCCACGUGCAAAUACAGCGAUUCUCUCAAAGAUGAUGCCAGAAGGGACUUCAAGUUUGUCAGUGAGGUGGAAGAGGAAAUCAGGAAUCUGGUGGAACUAGCAAACAAGGGUAAACAGCCAAAGAGGAGUCACAGUUUCCCACCCAUGAAGCGAGAUCAGCGGAGAAUUGUUCACGAGCUGGCCGAGGUGUAUGGAUUAGAGAGCGUCAGCUAUGAUGGCGAGCCCAAACGCAAUGUUGUUAUCACAGCUUUCAGGGGGAAAUCUGCAUGCCCUACCUCCACUCUGACUGCUCUAAUCGAGAGAGAGACUGCGACCCGGGCCCCACCACCCAUUGCCCAUAUCAAACAAUACAGCAGCAAGGCUGACAGUAGAAAUGCUUGGCGGAGGAACUCUAGAGAGGAGGCUAUUGAUUACUUUGACGUUCAGGAUUGAUUAAAACUGUGAUGCAUCCACACUAAUGGUCACUGUUCAGUUCACUGUAACCACAUCAAAUAAAACUGGGCACAUGUUGA